AUGUCUUCCAGCAGCCAAGUAGCCGAAUCCUGGAUCAGCGCCUUCUGCAGCCUGGUGGGCCACGAGUACUUUGCUGAGGUCUCCGAGGACUUUGUCGAGGACGACUUCAACCUGACGGGCCUGCAGAGCCAGGUGCCCAUGUACAAGGAAGCUCUGGAGAUGAUCUUGGACGUUGAGCCCGAGGACGACUACAGCGACGAAGAAGACGAGGACGAAGACGACGAUUUGGACGACGAUGACGAAGAGAUGAGGGACGCGGCCGCUUACAGGCGUCAGGAGAGAAGACACAUGCGCAUGGCCUCGGACCUGUCGGUCAUCGAAAGCAGCGCCGAGAUGCUGUACGGCCUGAUCCACCAGCGCUACAUCACCUCGCGCCAGGGCAUCCAACAAAUGGCCGAGAAGUACGAAGCUGGCCAUUUCGGCGCAUGCCCGCGUGUCUACUGCGGUCAAGCAAAGGUCCUGCCCGUCGGCUGCAGCGACAUCCCUGGUCAGGAAACCGUCAAGCUGUUCUGUCCCAGCUGUCUCGACGUCUACACACCUCCCAACAGUCGCUUCCAAUCCGUCGACGGCGCCUUCUUCGGCACAACCUUUGGCUGCCUCUUCUUCAUGACCUUCCCUGAACUCCGCGUUGGCGGCACAAGCAUCGCCUUUGGCCCUUCGCCCGACCAGGCCGCCGACUUCUCCUCAAACACCACCACCCACCGCAAACGUCGCAGCAGUCUCACAAACGUCAAUGACACCUUCUCAUCCGCUCCACCAAUCGCCGCUCAACCCACCCCUCUGCCUGCCCAACCUGCCACCAUCAACGGUUUUGCCGCAGAGAACAUGGCUCCCGGCCUAGGCAAGAACAACAUCUACGAACCCCGCAUCUACGGCUUCCGCGUGAGCGAGUUCGCAAAGAGCGGUCCUAGAAUGAAGUGGCUGCGCGAGAAGCCCGUCGAUCUGAAUCAGCUAGACGAGGUCGCCAUCUGGGAACGGGGGAACGCUGGCCAGACCAGAGAUGACGAUGUCGAAUUGAUGGAC